CCUCAGUUUCUGCCUGAGAACAACGCUUGGGGCAUUGGUUGGCAUAGAAGGGUAUACAGGCUUGAUACAGACGAAUUGGCAAGAAUGGCGACAGCUGCCUCAAGCGCGACUGCGCCUCGCGAGCGAAAGCCAAGCACCUCAGCUCCCAUCACCGACUUCCAGGGCCCAGUCGGACCACACGGUAUUACGAGACCAAAGCACAAGCGAACAGUGACCGGAUUUGGUCCACAGGAGAUCAAGGCUGUCGAGGCCAGCAUUCCAGAGCACCUGAGAGAAGCCUGGAAGAAAUAUUCCGCCAGAGAAUUUACCUCCAAGGACGACUUCGACCGAGAGGUUGUACGGCACAUUGAGACGACCCUCGCACGAUCGCUAUUCAACUGCGACGAGGCAGCUGCAUAUGCAGGCACAGCUUUGGCUUUCAGGGACCGCCUCGUCAUCGAGUGGAAUCGAACACAGCAGAACCAGACAUACCAGGACCCGAAGCGUGUUUACUACCUUUCAUUGGAGUUCCUUAUGGGCAGAGCUCUUGACAAUGCCAUGCUGAACACCGGAAUGAAGGACAUUGCGAGUGAGGGUGUCAAGGAUCUCGGCUUCCGCAUGGAGGAUCUGAUCGCCCAAGAGCGUGACGCUGCUCUGGGAAACGGAGGCCUCGGACGUCUUGCUGCAUGCUUCCUCGAUUCGCUCGCCACCCUCAACUACCCAGCUUGGGGUUACGCUCUCCGCUACCGAUACGGUAUCUUCAAGCAAGAGAUUGUAGAUGGCUAUCAGGUCGAGAUCCCAGACUACUGGCUUGACUUCAACCCAUGGGAGUUCCCACGUCACGAUGUUACCGUCGACAUUCAGUUCUAUGGCAAUGUCAGGAAAUACACCGACGACAGCGGCAAGCAGGUCAGCGUGUGGGAGAAUGGCGAGAUCGUCACUGCCGUCGCAUACGAUGCUCCAGUUCCAGGCUAUGGCACAAAAACCACCAAUAACCUACGCCUAUGGAGCAGCAAAGCCUCACAUGGAGAGUUCGACUUCACCAAGUUCAACUCUGGCGAGUAUGAGGCAUCAGUGGCAGACCAGCAGCGCGCCGAGACCAUCUCCGCUGUGCUAUACCCAAAUGACAGCCUCGAGCGUGGUAAGGAGCUUCGCUUGAAGCAGCAAUAUUUCUGGUGUGCUGCAUCCCUCUUCGAUAUCGUUCGUCGAUUCAAGAAGUCCAAGAAGGCUUGGAAGGAGUUCCCGAACCAAGUCGCCAUUCAGCUUAAUGACACCCACCCGACACUCGCCAUUCCUGAGCUACAGCGCAUUCUGAUCGAUCAGGAAGGCCUCGAUUGGGACGAAGCUUGGAGCAUUGUGCAGAAGACCUUCGGAUACACCAACCACACAGUCCUGCCAGAAGCUCUGGAGAAGUGGUCUGUUGGACUUAUCCAGCACUUGCUUCCACGCCAUCUUCAAAUCAUUUACGAUAUUAACCUGAACUUCCUGCAAUACGUCGAGAGGACAUUCCCGAAGGAGCGAGACAUGCUUUCCCGCGUGUCAAUUAUCGAAGAGUCCCAGCCAAAGAUGGUCCGCAUGGCCUACCUUGCAGUCAUUGGCAGCCACAAGGUCAACGGUGUUGCCGAGCUGCACUCUGACCUGAUCAAGACUACCAUCUUCAAGGACUUUGUCAAGAUCUACGGCCCAGACAAAUUUACAAACGUCACCAACGGUAUCACUCCACGACGAUGGCUGCACCAGGCCAACCCGCGUCUCUCCGAGCUGAUCGCCAGCAAGCUUGGAGGCUACGACUUCUUGAGAGAUCUGACACUGCUUCACAAGAUUGAGGCUUACGUCGACGACAAGGACUUCCGAAAGGAGUUCCAAGAAAUCAAGUUCGCCAACAAGGUCCGUCUUGCCAAAUACAUCAAGGACACCCAAGGCUUCACGGUGAACCCCGCCAGCUUGUUCGACAUACAGGUGAAGCGUAUUCACGAGUACAAGAGACAGCAGCUGAACAUCUUUGGUGUCAUCCACCGAUACCUGGAGCUGAAGGAUAUGUCUCCUGAGGAGCGCAAGAAGGUGCAGCCAAGAGUCAGCAUCUUUGGUGGCAAGGCAGCACCUGGAUACUGGAUGGCCAAGACUGUGAUCCACCUAAUCAACCAGGUUGCGAAGGUUAUCAACCAGGACAAAGAUAUUGGCGAUCUGCUGAAGGUCAUCUUCCUUGAGGAUUACAAUGUCAGCAAGGCUGAGAUGAUUGUGCCUGCAAGCGACAUUUCUGAGCACAUCUCGACCGCCGGUACUGAGGCUUCAGGUACCUCGAACAUGAAGUUCGUGCUCAACGGUGGUCUGAUCAUCGGUACCUGCGACGGCGCCAAUAUUGAAAUCACUCGCGAAGUCGGCGAGGACAACAUCUUCCUCUUCGGUAACCUCGCCGAAGAUGUCGAAGAUCUCCGCCACUCCCAUUUCUACGGCGAAUUCAAGAUCGACCCUCUCCUCGAGCGCGUAUUCAAGACGAUCCGCGAAGGCACUUUCGGCGAUGCCGGUCAAUUCUCAGCCCUGGUCAACUCGAUCGUUGACCACGGCGACUACUACCUUUGCUCCGAUGACUUCAAGAGCUACGUUGAUACUCAGCGCCUGAUCGACGAGGCAUACAAGAAUCAGGAGGAAUGGUUGACCAAGACAAUCACAUCUGUGGCUCGCAUGGGCUUCUUCAGCAGCGAUCGAUGUAUCGAUGAGUAUGCAGAGAUGAUCUGGAACGUGGAGCCUCUUCCCCCACCCCAGAGCAAUGGAGUCUCUUAGAAAGAUUCCCUGGGUCGAAUUUCGAGGAAGGAGCGACGGUUGAGGAGGAUGCUGAGGGGAAUUCGCGAGGAGGACGGUAGACAGCUUUUUGGUCGAGGAGGGUCCAUGGCUCGUUCCCCGAAUUGAGACAUCUAAACAUCCUUAUACAAACGAAGAUUACGACGAUCAUCAUCAAAAGAAAGAGAUAUAUAGCAUACAUAAUAUCGGUAUUUGAAGGGUCUGCGGUAUGUUUUU